ACCAGCGAUUCACAUUGGACGAAGAAAAUCGAAUUUAAAAUCGAAAUUGAGUUCGACCUUCAGAAUCAAACAUGGCACAACCCUAGUGUUCAACGCAAUAAUUUACUUUCUUAUAAUGAGAUAAGCAGAAUUAAACAUUUAAUGUCUAUUUUUCGCUGUAAAAAAAUCUAAAAUAACGUAACAACGAGAUGGCGAACCGUGUUAAUUUUACGUUAAACAACCUGUUGACAUCGUACAAGAAUUGGGUCGUAGCGAAUCCGCAAUUAUUGACAGAUAUCGAGGCUACUGUCAGAUGUUUAUCGUAUUUUAGUUUUGGACAAUUGCGCAAUUCGACCUUGGCCGUGGAAUUGAUUUAUUCCAUGCCAAAUCUGAUAGUGCUCUGCAACGAUUUGCUUAUGUACAGCAGCAAACGCCAGCACUUAAAAAUACCUCAGUUCGACUCGAAGAUUAAAAUUUGGUUAACUGUGGUGGAGUACACUGAGACCUUUCUCGAGGUGUCAGCUAAGAAGUUAUGGGGGCCAAAAGGAAAAUGGCUAAUAAUCGUAAUUAUACAAUUAUUUAAGUCUAUAUUGCGACUGCUAUUAAUUUAUGUAUAUAAGGAACGUGUAACGAAAAGCCCAGCGACACCGCCUCUUAACAGAGAGAAAUUCAAUAAAAUCGACAAUGUGCAAUUGAAGGAAGGCUUUAUGCUGAAAAGAUCAGGCACUGUUGUUAGAAGUGUAAAGUAUUCGACUCCUAUAGAAUUACGAACGUGGAAAGCUUUGCCUCCUGUCACAGACGAGAAUGAGAAUCUAACUAAAAACCAGAAAUCUGAUACAUAUCUUAAACUAGCUGAGAGUCUUUAUGUGACAAAGCCACUGCUUCAUCUAGGAUGUAUGUACAUUACUAGCCAAAACCGUUGGCCACCGUGGAUAUUAUCACUUAUUAUCGAUAUAGCCAGUUUAAAUGUCUUCAAUCGUUGCACCCAAAAAGCAUUAUUAAGUAAAGAGGAGGAAGAAGAGCUCGUGCGUCGAAGAUUGAGUUUACUGUUGUACAUUUUGAGAUCGCCGUUUUAUGAUAAGUACAGCUGUAAUAAAAUAGAUACACUGCUUGAUACGAUAUCUAGCUCCGUGCCUCUUGCCAAGUAUUUGACAAGUGCUGUUAAAAAGAAUUUACCGUAUAUGCAAAACGAAUGUGCGUGCAUUUCUGGAACUAUCUGUCCCGAAGGCACUACUGGUGGCAUUGACAUCAGAGUAGUGACUCCGAACACAGGUUGCCCUACUGGAUCUACAUAUUGCUGUGUAAUCGACGAUGAUGACGAUGAUGACGACGUUCCUUGUGGUGUUCAAAGAAUAGAAUCGCAAUCACUGGGACCAGGAUUGGCACCUUACGGUGCAUAUCCUUGGAUGGUGGCCAUUAUCAACAUCCAAGGUUUUUAUAUCGGAGGAGGAGUGCUUAUCAGUCCAACACGUGUUCUUACCGUCGCUCAUAAGGUGGCACAGUAUAGUGCUAACGAGAUUAAGGCGAGAUUAGGUGAGUGGAGUCUUGGAUCUGAAGAAGAACCAACUACAGAUAUCGGCAUCUCAAAAAUUUCCGUGAUAAGUAAUUAUAAUUCGCAAAAUCUCCAGAACGAUAUAGCAGUACUUAGUCUAAGGUCGCCUGCUCCUAUUGCAAGUAAUCCUAACAUUAAUACGGCAUGCUUGUCAUCUACAUCAAUUCCAUCGGGAACAAAGUGUUUGAUGUCAGGCUGGGGAAAAAAUGACUUUAAUAACGGACAGAUACAAGAUAUUCUAAAAGAGGUAGCUUUACCCGUAUUGAGUAAGGCGGGAUGCCAAACGGCCCUUCGAAGGACCAGACUAGGAGCCAACUUUGUUCUGCACAGCAGUUUCAUGUGCGCAGGAGGGGGAACGGAAGCAGACGCAUGCACUGGCGAUGGUGGUUCACCGUUGGUAUGUCCAACAAGUAGCGGUCAGUAUAUAGUUGCUGGGCUGGUGACAUGGGGAAUAGGUUGCGGAAAUACAGGAGUUCCUGGUGUAUACACUGACGUGUCCUAUUUCUAUAAUUGGAUCAAACAACAAUGACGUAAUUCAGCACAGUAUCUUAAAAAAAUUAAAUAAAACUAUAUAUAAUA